AUGUUCAUCUACAUCAGUCACGGGAAUGACCAGAACUUUCUGGCCAACACCAACUGCACCAUCCCAUGGCUGCUCUCCUACAUGGGGAGGAUGGUGGGGGUCCCCAACACAGACGUCGUUGACCUGUGUGACGAGCUGGACACCCCCAAGCUGCUGUUCCAGCUGCCCAACCUGAGCGAUAGGGCCAGCGAGUACCUCCAGGCGCGCAGCACCUACGCAGCGUGCAGGGUGCAGCUCAGAGCACCUGGCACCGAGGAGGAGCACUCGUGCUGGUCCUUCGCGCCCCUCCUGGAGCACCCCAGCCCAGCGCUGACAGGUGGGCGAGGGGACAGGGAGCAGUGGGGCGGGGGGGCACAGGCGUGGGGGCCCGGCGCUGGGGCCGGGGGCUACCGCGGAGCCCCCAGCCCCACCUCUGGCGGCAGAGGCCCUGUGGCUGCAGAGCGGCACCCCGAAGACGCUGGAGGAGAGGAGGACAGCUGA